GCCAAGACGACUUCGUUAAGUUUCCCUCCCUAAACAUUUUCCUCUCGAGCCUUGACAUUCGAAACCAGACACACAGAAAGAGAGAGAGAGAGAGGGAGGUGGAGGAGGGGAAUAGAGAGAGAGAGUGAGAGAAAUAGAGACAAGCAAGAGUUGGAUCGUUGAGUAAGAAAGUGAAGCUGAAAUUAGGGAGAGAAAGAGUAGCGGGAGAGAUGAAGCACAUUUUCAAGAAGAUACACAAAGGGAGUAACCCCGACCCGAAUCGGACUAACGAGACACCGCCGCCACCACCACUGGCAUCGAGCUCCUCCGAUCACCAUCGAACAGCUUCUACCCCUGAAUCUGGCAACGCUCCGAUUAGCCCUUCGUCGUCAUCACCGUCAACGGCGACCGUUCCGGCAAGUGGUGGUGGCGGCGGGGCCGGGAGCGCGGUCAGUCGAGCGGAUUACUUUUUAUCGGAGGAGGAGUUUCAGAUGCAGCUUGCCUUGGCGAUCAGCGCGUCAAAUUCUGACGUCAGGAGUGAUCCAGAAAAGGAUCAGAUCCGCACGGCAACGCUGCUAAGCUUGGGGGGAAAUCAUCGCGUUGAUUCUGUGAGAGAUAAGAAAGAGGUGGAGGCGGAGGCCUUGUCCAGGCAGUAUUGGGAGUAUAAUGUACUUGACUAUGAGCAGAAAGUUUUCAAUGGCUUUUAUGAUGUGUUUGGACUCUCUACAAAUUUUAUAGACCAAGGAAAGUUUCCUUCUCUCACAGAUCUUGAAGCAGAUGUCGGCGGCUCAGGCCAUGAAGUAGUGAUAGUUGACAGAACAAUUGAUCAUGCAUUGGAAGAAUUGCUGCAAGUUGCACACUGUAUUACUUUGGAUUGCUCUGCGACCAAUGUUGUUCUCUUGGUACAGCAGCUUGCAGAACUCGUGACGGCCCAUAUGGGCGGGCCAGUAAAGGAUGCUAAUAUCAUGUUAGCGAGGUGGAUGGAAAGUUCUUCAGAGUUGCGAACAUCUCGUCACACAAGUUUGUUGCCUAUUGGGUCCAUAAAUAUUGGUCUUUCUCGACAUCGUGCCUUGCUUUUCAAGGUAUUGGCAGACAGUACAGGAUUACCUUGUAGACUGGUAAAAGGUAGCCAUUACACUGGUGUGGAGGAUGAUGCUGUCAACAUAAUAAAGUUGGAGGACAACAGAGAGUUUUUGGUCGAUCUCAUGGCUGCUCCUGGUACCCUUAUUCCAGCCGAUAUUUUGAGUGCGAAGGAUACGACCUUCAACCCAUAUAAUCAUAGCAUAAGCAGAGUUCCUGAUUUUAAUUCCUCUAAGGACUCUGGAGGUGCUUAUGCUAGGCAAAAACCAUUACCUGGGGAAGGCACUAGUCAGAGUUCUGCAGUGGAUCCUAAUUUUCCCUUGCGUGGAAGAUCUAGUCCUGAGAAAGCAGAGUCCUUGCUGUCGUUCUCAGUUAAUGGUGGAGACAGUGGUGUUGGUUCAUCUGGAACAUCAAAUGGGGGAACUCCUAACCAAUUGGAUAAUACUUCCUCAUCAGGGAAUGGGAAUUCUAUCUACAAAGGGGUUCAUGGACCUCGUACAGUUGAUGGCAUGCGAAUGAAUCUUAAUGUUGUUCCAUAUAGUCAAAAUAGGCCAGAUGACUCUAAAAACCUCUUCGCCGAUCUUAAUCCACUCCUGAACAAAGGAACAGGUAAGCCUUUCUUGCCAAACAAAAACAUAGAGCAUAACAUUGGUCAUUUUCAAGGACAGAAGAACAACCUUGUCUUGGGUCGUCCCCCGGUACCAUUGAUGUGGAAGAAUCAACAUGCUUGCAAUGAAGUCCCUGGGAAAAAUAUAGAUGGUCUUCUUUCCAGAAUUAAUCGUGAACCUGGUAACUACAACUCAUCAUCAUCUGCUUCCACCAGUGCUGCCACUUCUGAGAAGGUCUACCCUCAUAUUUUCAAGUCAUCUGGUGAUUCAAACUUCUCUAGACAAAGUGACGAAAAAAGAUUUUCAGGUGGUACCAGUUCUGACAUGGCUUCUAGUACGAAUCUGUUUAAAGGUUUACCCGUAGUUGGGAAUGUUAACUCUAACAUGGGGGAAGCAAAUUCAAGGGAUAGAAAUGACUUGCAAAGUGAAUCAAUGGAAUCUACUAAAGAAUAUGAUGACAAUGAAAUUGGUUUUCAUGAUCGUCAAAAGUGCACAUAUGAUAGAUUCAUUGGAAGCAAUUCGAAACUGAAAAAUUCAGAAAGUCCUAGCUCUUCAGUUGAUUCCACUUUAAGGAGAAACAAAGUCGAACAAAUAUGUGAUGAUGUAGAUGUUGUCGAAUGUGAAAUUCCUUGGGAGGACCUGGUCAUUGGAGAAAGGAUUGGGCUAGGUUCAUAUGGAGAAGUCUACCAUGCUGACUGGAAUGACACAGAAGUUGCGGUGAAGAAGUUCUUAGACCAGGAUUUCUCAGGUGCUGCUUUGGCUGAGUUCAAAAGGGAAGUGCGGAUAAUGCGUAGAUUGCGUCAUCCAAAUGUUGUUCUUUUUAUGGGUGCUGUUACCCGACCUCCACAUCUCUCUAUUAUUACUGAGUUUCUUCCAAGAGGAAGCUUAUUUAAGAUUCUUCACCGUCCUCAUUGUCAAAUAGAUGAGAAGCGUAGAAUAAAGAUGGCCCUUGAUGUGGCAAGGGGCAUGAAUUGCUUGCACACAAGCACACCCACCAUUGUUCACAGAGAUUUGAAGACACCAAAUCUUUUGGUUGAUAAAAACUGGAAUGUCAAGGUAGGUGAUUUUGGAUUGUCACGCUUAAAACAUAACACCUUUUUAUCAUCCAAGUCAACUGCAGGAACGCCUGAAUGGAUGGCCCCAGAAGUUCUCCGCAAUGAACCCUCCAAUGAGAAGUGUGAUGUUUAUAGCUUUGGAGUGAUUUUGUGGGAGCUUGCAACCCUGAGGUUGCCAUGGAGCGGAAUGAACCCAAUGCAAGUUGUAGGUGCAGUUGGUUUUCAAAAACGUCGGCUUGAAAUCCCCAAGGAAGUUGAUCCCUUGGUUGCUAGGAUAAUUUGGGAAUGCUGGCAGACUGAGCCAAAUUUGCGUCCGUCAUUUGCGCAACUGAUAGUUGCUCUCAAGCCCCUGCAGAGGCUUGUCAUCCCUUCACAUGUUGACCAGCCAAGCUCUCCCAUGCAACAAGAAAUCUCUGUAAAUUCUACACCUUGAAAUUUCUCAUAUCUCAAGUGUGAAUAAGGAGACAUUUUGCUUCUUUGCCUUCAGUUAGGAUGUACAUGAGAUCUUUAUAGAAUACGGGGAAAAAAUGGACGAGAAGAUUGUAGGGCGUUGUUUCGUGUAAGUAAUGCAUGGAAUGUUUUUUCAGCUGCUGCCUAAACAGGUGGCAUAAACCUUUUGUACAGUUCUGUUCGAUAUUUGACUGAAAAGAAAAUGAAGAGAACUUGUCAUAUGUAUAUAUAGACAUGUACACAUUACCCUUCAUAACAGAAGGAAAUAGUUGUAAUUUUGAAUAAGAACCUGAUACAAGCUUUUCUGGUGCAACGAUGAUGGCCUCAGUACUCCACGGCCAAAGCGUACCCCAUGUGUGUGUUGGACACUAGGUCCUACAUUGGUGAUUUUGAUGAUAUAUAUUUUCAUUUGAGUGCUA